GUAGAACGCUUUGGGGUGUAGAACCUAUCAAUAUUUAAAAAUCAAGGAGCCGUUUUUAUUUAUCCAUUGUUGUAUCUGUUAUCCUAUUUAUCAAGUGUAGCAUUUUUCAUUGAAUUUAUUUAUUUGAUCACGUUUUACAUUUACAGUCUAUACACUGAGCUGUGCGUAGGUUAUUUGUAAACUAGGAAGCUAAUAAUCGGUUAAGUAAACAGUUCACUUUAAACUUACGGGAUUUUGUUCUGCAUUAAGGGUGAUUUUUUAAAAAGAUAAAUUCAAAGGACGUUCAAAACACUGACUCUCACUUUAUUGACUGCGGAGCAUCUCGUCCAAGGAUGAAACAAGCCACAGCCAAAACCGAAAUGAGCCGGUUCAAUAUUUCCCCCGACGAAGACAGCAGCUGCAGUUCAAACAGCAAUGAUUACAGUUACCAGAAAAAGGUCGCUAUUGGCAGUCAAUACCCAGAUAUGGAUGCGGAGAGCCAAAAUUUCCUGCCACCUAUGGAAUACCCCCCAGGAAAGAAGAAGUAUGAGACAGAAUAUAGCCCAGGAACCGCCUCCUUUGGGAUGUCCGUGUUCAAUCUGGGGAAUGCAAUCAUGGGCAGCGGCAUUUUGGGUCUGUCGUACGCCAUGGCCAAUACAGGCAUCGUUCUGUUUGUCAUUCUGCUUGUAGCUGUGUCUAUCUUCUCCCUGUACUCUGUGCACCUCCUGAUAAAGACAGCCAACGAAGGAGGGUCAAUGGUUUAUGAGCAGUUGGGAUACAAAGCCUUCGGAAUGCCAGGAAAACUGGCAGCCUCCUGUUCCAUCACUAUGCAGAAUAUCGGUGCCAUGUCCAGCUACCUGUACAUUGUCAAGUACGAGCUGCCCAUCGUCAUCCAGGAUUUUCUUGGAGUGAAGGAGAACUCUGGGGAGUGGUAUCUGAAUGGAGAUUACCUUGUGCUGUUGGUCUCUUUGGCAAUCAUUUUGCCACUGUCACUGUUGCGUAACCUGGGUUACCUGGGUUACACCAGCGGGUUCUCCCUGUUGUGCAUGGUGUUCUUUCUGAUCGUGGUCAUAUACAAGAAGUUCCAGAUCCCAUGCCCUCCAACACUGGAACAGGAUGCAGUGAACAUCACCCUGAAUUCCACUUUCUCUCACACUGACGACUCAGUGAAGAAUGCCACAGUCUAUCACGACCAGGAGAAGUGCAGGCCCAAAUAUUUUGUUUUCAACUCCCAGACAGUGUAUGCUGUGCCUAUUCUCACCUUUGCAUUUGUGUGCCACCCUGCAAUCUUGCCAAUGUAUGAAGAACUGAAAGAUCGGUCCCGCAAGAAGAUGCAAGGCGUGGCCAAUGUGUCCUUCCUGGCCAUGUUCAUCAUGUACUUGCUGGCUGCCCUCUUUGGCUACCUGACCUUCGGGGAGCGCGUGGAGUCUGAGCUGCUGCACACCUAUUCUAAACUGUACAAAUUCGAUACAGCUCUCCUGGUGGUGCGUCUGGCCGUUCUAACUGCUGUCACUCUCACGGUCCCUGUGGUCCUUUUCCCGAUUCGUACCUCUGUGAACCAACUCCUCUGCGCCUCCAAAGAGUUCAGCUGGCUGCGUCAUAUUGUCAUCACUGGACUACUGCUAGGUGGCACCAACACUCUGGUCAUCUUUGUACCAUCCAUCCGUGACAUUUUUGGAUUCAUAGGUGCCUCUGCCGCUGCCAUGCUCAUCUUCAUUCUUCCCUCUGCCUUCUACAUCAAGCUGGUGAAGAAGGAGUCUAUGAAGUCAAUCCAAAAGAUUGGGGCCUUCGCCUUCCUGUGCAGUGGGUUUAUGGUCAUGUUUAGUUCCAUUACCCUGAUCGUUCUUGACUGGAUCCACAAUACUGCUGACGGCCACUAGAGCCACCCCUGGUCACCUAAAAACCUCCAACCAUGCCACUACCCCCCAGCCAGGGUCUCUAACACUGCAGAGCUGGGAAAACAUGACACAGACCCUAUGACAAAGACAGCGAUUUUCUUAGAUCGCACCAGGCAGCAAUAUAUGUAAACCAUUCCCAGAGAAUGUUCUGAACUGUGUACAGUACGCUUGUAGGCCACACGGAUGGCAGUUUCUUUUGAAUUGUUUUGUGGUUUCUUUUGUUUCGUUGUUUCCUUUUUGUUUUAGUUUUGGUAGUGUGAACUUUUGAUUGUGCCUCGAACAGGAACUUUUAAGUCCCCCUGUUCCAACGCAGCAAAAAUCAAGUUCAUCUUCUGGCGCUAAGAUUGACAUUUGCACAUUGGGUUUUGCAGCAGUCACCAGGUGCCCAGAUUGGUAUGGGUUCUGAACCCAACUGCCUGUAUGCCAGACAGACUUUGGCAGCAUUGGAGGUGGAUAGUCCAAGCUUCAUUUUAUUUACUUACCAAAAAUAAUGUAACUGGUAUUCAUACUUUUAACCACUUACUCCUUCAUCAUAGCUGUCUGUUCAUGGAUGAAGUUAAGGAAGUCUAACAGUAUUUCCUGCCAGACUGUUGAAUUUUUCUGAAAAAUAAUUCCAGCUUUAUUUAUAACUUGCUUAGAAAGUAUGAUUCCACAAAAGUUGAAGGUCUGUGUGUCUUGCAGAUGUGGCAGUAACAACCCUACAGCUUUAAGCACAUGUGCAUUCAAUAACCAAAAUCGCAUGCAGGAAGCUGUAACUCAAGUCUUUUAAGAAGGAGCCAUCUAAAACACCUGUAUGUUUUUUUCUGUGGUGGUCAGCAGUGUUAAAAACCUUUGAAUUUGAAGACUACACAUGAUCAAAACACAAGGAGAGUGGCCUCACAGCAAAACUAAAGGAGACCAUAGGACAAUGUGUCAGUUCGCAUGCUGAAUGCUGCAGGACUGAGAAAAAAAUCCUUACAGUGUUUUUACAGCUUUGUCAAAACUGCAACCGUUUCCUCUUUCUGGGCAGCUUAUCUAGUGAGUAUGUGUUUUAAGGGUGUGUGUUGUGUGGAUGGUGUCUACAGUGCUGGCUCCCUCAACAGGAACAUCAUCCACCUCACUGUGCUUCCACUGCAAACUUCACUGGUCAUCAAAAAUACUACUGUCUAGCCAUUAUUUAUGGAACAAUAAGAAAUCAAUGUAAUUUAAACUAUUUUACUAUAUUUAUAUAAUGUACAUAUGUAUAUAUCAGCUGAACUGUAUAUAAGCUUUCAUUUUGUUUUAUCUUUUGGCUGUUUGCAAAAUAUGGUGGAGCUGUAAAUGACUGGUAGAUUGAGUUUACGUACUCCCCCACAUAUUUUACCAACCACCUUCACAUAGUGCAAUGGGAAAACUUGCUUUUAUAGCAGUGUAGAUCUAAAGAUCUAAAGUAAAGAUCUGUUCCUCAGUGCACUCCUUCAUGAUAAAGAACCAUUUUACCA